AUGCAUUCUAGCUAUCCAAUUUUUGAUGAAGACUCUCAACUAAUUGUCCCAAGUAUUACUUUCACAAACAUGGGAAUAAGCAACGGCUCAAAACCAACAAAAGAUGAUCUACCACGAGAAUCACCAACACAAGAUCAUCUAAUUUUUGCACUCGCCGGUGUCUAUUUAGCAUCAUCACGCAUAGGCAACGUUAAAGAUCAAAAGUCAAGAAUUAGAGUGAAUUACGAUAGUAAAACUUUCAUUAUCUAUUCGUUAACAGAUAGUGAAAUCACUCCGAAAGCAAUGAAAGCAAUUCAAAUCUUCGAAUAA